AUGAGAGGGGCUAUUUUGCUCCGCAUUUGUCUUGGUCUCUCGGCUUGGUUGAGUACUUCUUACGUGAAAGCUGAAGAUCCAUACAGAUUUUUUACAUGGGUUAUUACGUACGGACAAAUUGCUCCUUUAGGUGUCGAGCAAAGGGGGAUUCUUAUCAACGGGCAAUUUCCCGGUCCUACCAUUAGUUGCAUUACCAAUGACAACAUCAUAGUUGAUGUCAUCAACAAGCUAGAUGAGCCUUUCCUUAUUACCUGGCACGGUAUCAAACAAAGAAAGAGUUCAUGGGAAGAUGGAGUACUGGGAACCAAUUGCCCGAUUCCUCCUAAUUCCAAUUGGACUUACAAAAUGCAAAUGAAGGAUCAAAUCGGAACCUACAAUUACUACCCAUCCACCUUGAUGCACAGAGCGGCCGGUGGGUUCGGAGGAUUCAAUAUUGUGGCUAGGUCCGUCAUACCUAUACCUUAUCCAAAACCAUAUGAUGAAUUUACUCUGCUCGUCAGUGACUGGUGGAACAAGGAUAACAAGGUACUACAGAAAAUAUUGGACGAUGGCAAACCAUUUCCUCCCCCCGAUGGCCUUCUUAUCAAUGGCAGUCCAAAAUCUACUAAGUUCACCGGAAUCAAAGGCCAAACCUACUUGAUUAGGGUCUCAAACUUGUGCCUAGUAAGUUCAAUUAACUUUAGAAUCCAAGGUCAUACCUUAGUCCUAGUAGAAGUCGAAGGAUCCCACACCAUGCAAGAUUCCUACGAGUCGCUGGACGUUCAUCCAGGCCAAUCCUCCACUUUCCUGGUCACCCUACGCCCUUCUAUCCUCAAGGAUUAUUACAUAGUGGCCUCCAGUCGUUUUACAAAGCCUCUUCUGACUGCAACGGCGAUCCUUCAUUACGAUGGUUCUACCACCCAACCCGCCGGACCAUUGCCCUCCGCACCCGCAGGCCAAUUUCACUGGUCUAUGCGGCAAGCAAGGACUGUCAGAUGGAAUUUGACAGCCAACGCUGCUAGGCCAAAUCCUCAAGGGUCAUAUCAUUAUGGAACCAUACCAAUUGUGAGAAAAAUAGUGCUAGCCAACUCUGCCCCACAGAUUUCUGGCAAGAAACGGUAUGCGCUUAACGGGGUUUCUUACGUGAACCCAAGCACUCCAUUGAAGCUUGCUGACUACUUCAACAUUUCUGGCGUGUUCGUGUUGGACGCAAUCAAGGACUUCCCUACUUCUGCCCCCGCAGCUCAAGGCGUCUCCGUCUUUGGCAUCACUCUUCACGAUUACAUGGAAGUUGUUUUCCAGAACAAUGAGAACAAUUUACAAUCUUACCAUCUUGCUGGCUUUGAUUUCUGGGCUGUCGGGUAUGGUGGUGGACAAUGGAACAUUACAAUGAGGAAACUCUACAAUCUUGUUGAUGCUACCACCAGGAAUACCGUUCAGGUAUAUCCCAACGGAUGGACUGCAAUUUUGACAUCAAUGGACAACAAGGGUAUGUGGAACUUGAGAUCUCAAAUCUGGCCAAGGCGCUAUUUAGGACAGGAAGCAUACAUGAGGGUUUGGAACAGUGAACGUAGUCUUUACACUGAGUAUGACAUUCCAGACAAUGCGUUGCUCUGUGGCAAGGCCAAGGCCUAG